AAAAAGGCUAUGUCAGUCUUUCAGACUUCAAAACUUCACCUGUACCUGUUCUCAUAUUAUUAAAGUGUAAUAACUGGAUGAACCGACCAGUUAUACAAAUGCUCUGAAGGCUGAGAUAACAUGCAAAUAAACCUUACAUAUCAAUGUGUGAAAACCGGACAGACCACACAGUUUAAAAAAGGAAGUACACUCUGCAAAGCUAACUUGCACAUUCACUGUCCGAGUUACAGCAUUCUCAGGGUCGCCGUAUGCCAAGCACAUCAACUCUUAAAAAAAAAUGUGGAGAAGAUUACUGCCUUUGCCAGCCCCUGAAGAGAGGUGAGAAGAGAGGGACUGAGACAGUGACUCCUACAGGAUGCAAAAACAGAUGUGAAGUCCCUCAUGGCGAAGUUUAACACAGGGGGCAACCCCAUGGAGGAGGUCUCUGUCAACAGCCGACCCUUCAAAGCCCCAGGGCAAAACUCACCUUCAGGAGUGCAAGCUAAAAAGAACUUAUUCAACAACCAAGGAAAUGCCAGUCCUCUCUCAGGACCUAGCAACACACCUAGGUUUGGGUCCCCAAAGCCACCUUUGGGGGUGAAAUCUUCUUCCGAGGAAAAGCCUGACAAGGAGCCCAAACCCCCACUUCUAAGGCCGACUGGAGUGGACCAAAGAUUCGGACCGUCGGCAAACUCAGCUGCCAGAGACCCUGAGGCCAAGGUGGGAUAUCUGAGACCCGUGGGCCCCAAGCCCAACAACUUGCCCAGAGAAGAUUCUAAACCUGUGCUUCCCCGGCCUCCCGGGAAUAAGCCUUUGCUGCACGGUGUCAACCAAGACUCUGACCUAAAGCCACCAGGCCCAAAGCCGGGGUCUAAUCCUCUAACCCAGGAAAAUGAGCAGAAGCAAGUGUUCCCAAAGCUACCUGGGGUUAAAGGCAAGUUUAUGUCAGCCUCGCAAGAUCAUGACCCCAAACCCCUCUUUCCCAAACCUGCCUACGGCCAGAAGCCAGCCUGGAGCGCCGACCACUGCUACGAAGACGAGGGUGGCCCCAAGGACGCAUCUCUGCAGAAAGGGCCCCUGGGUCCCCCAGGAGCCAAGUCCAAAACCGGCCCCCUAAAGCCAGCAAGGGAAGACCCGGAAAAUAAAGACCAUGGAGGUGACACGUCAAGCUCGCCUUUCGCUGGAGUGGUUCUGAAGCCUGCGGCUGCAAGCCGAGGAGGCCCCGGCCUCUCCAAAAACACGGAGGGUAAAAGUGAAGAUAGGAAGUUAAAUGCUGCUAAAAACGUCUUCCUGAGCAAAAUGCAUCAGGAGGAGUCGGCGUCUGGGGCUCCUCCUGCCAAGUUCCCUAAGACACCUUCUAAGCUGACAGUGGCAGGGCCAUGGGGCCAAAGCCAAGAAAAGGAAAAGGGAGACAAGGACCCAGCCACCCCGAGGCGGAAGCCCCUACCUCCCUUGUUUACCUUGGGCCCACCCCCACCAAAACCCAGCAGACCCCCUAACGUGGACCUGACGAAGUUCCGAAAAGCCGCUUCUGGAAACAGUCCCAGCAAAGGCCAAACAUCUUACUCAACAACCUCCCUACCACCGCCUCCACCAUCCCAUCCAGCCAGCCAGCCACCACUGCCAGCCUCUCACCCAGCGCAACCACCAGUCCCAUGUCUACCUCCCAGAAACAUUAAGCCUCCCUUAGAUCUAAAAAGCCCUGUAAAUGAAGAAAAUCAAGAUGGUGUCAUGCAUGUUGAUGGUACUGGAACUCCAGAUGAGGAGCAAGAGAGUGAUGGAGAAACAUAUGAAGACAUAGAAGCAUCCAAAGAACGAGAUAAAAAAAGGGAAAAGGAGGAAAAGAAGAGAUUAGAGCUGGAGAAAAAGGAACAGAAAGAGAGAGAAAAGAAAGAACAAGAAAUAAAGAAGAAAUUUAAACUAACAGGCCCUAUUCAAGUCAUCCAUCAAGCAAAAGCUUGCUGUGAUGUCAAAGGAGGAAAGAAUGAACUGAGUUUCAAGCAAGGAGAACAAAUUGAAAUAAUCCGCAUCACUGACAACCCUGAAGGGAAAUGGCUGGGCAGAACAGCCAGAGGGUCCUAUGGCUAUAUUAAAACAACUGCUGUAGAGAUUGACUAUGAUUCCCUGAAAUGGAAAAAAACCUCUCUUGGUGCUCUUUCAUCAAGAGCUAUGGAAGAUGACCAGGAAGUGUAUGAUGAUGUUGCAGAGCAGGAUAAUAUCAGCAGCCACAGUCAGAGUGGAAGUGGAGGGAUGUUCCCACCUCCCCCAAAUGAUGAUAUUUAUGAUGGGAUCGAGGAAGAAGAAGAUGAUGGCUCCACACUACAGGUUGAAGAGAAGAGUAACUCGUGGUCCUGGGGGAUUUUGAAGAUGAUAAAGGGAAAAGAUGACAAAAAGAAAAGUAUACGAGAGAAACCUAAAGACUCUGAGUCAGUCAAUAAUGAAGGUCCAUAUUUCCCUGCUCCUCCUAAACAACUGGACAUGGGAGAGGAAGUUUAUGAUGAUGUGGAUGCCUCUGAUUUCCCUGCUCCAUCAGCAGAGAUGAGUCAAGGAGCCAAGGUCAAGACAGAAGAAAAAGACCCUAAGAAGCUAAAAAAGCAGGAAAAAGAAGAAAAAGACUUCAGGAAAAAAUUUAAAUAUGAUGGUGAUAUUAGAGUUCUGUAUUCAACCAAAGUUGCAUCCUCCUUAACUUCUAGAAAGUGGGGGACCAGAGAUCUACAGGUAAAGCCUGGUGAAUCUCUUGAAGUUAUACAAAACACAGAUGAUACAAAAGUUCUCUGCAGAAAUGAAGAUGGAAAAUAUGGUUAUGUUCUUCGGAAUUACUUGGUGGACAAUGAUGGAGAGAUCUAUGAUGAUAUUGCUGAUGGUUGCAUCUAUGACAAUGACUAGCUCUCAAUUUUGGUCAUUCUGCUACUUCAUUUGAAGAAAAUAUGAAGUCUGGGUUUUAAUUGGCAUAUAUUAUUAGUUAUUACAGAAAAUGAAUGCACAAAACUCCUUUUAUCAUUUGUUAUAAAAUUCUGAUAUCUUUAUAAAGUUUUGAGAUGUUGGAUAUAGAAAAUGAUCUCUCUCCUUUAAUCAACAUCUUCGAAGACUGCAUCAAUACAAUGCACGAAUUACUAAAUGUCCCAUUUCUGACUCAGCUGUAGUUAUGAAGGCUCUUCUUUUAGACCAUCAAUAGACAACCUCCCCUCCCCUAAAAAUAAAAAAAACAUUUGAGAAGAAAUUAUUGUGUUGCCUAAGAAAUAUAAGGACAAAGAACAAAGAAAUAUAAGGAAGGGAGUUUUAAAACAUUCCACAAAAAGGAAAACUAUUAUUUGCACCUCUAAUUAUGAUUGUAUCUUAUACUAUCUAUUCAAAUUGUCUGUCUUAAAAAAGGCAAUGCUGUCUCCUCUCUUGCUGGUGGGUUAAAUAUUUUCAGAAAUUACAGUGAUAACAACUUUUGUAUAGUUUGUCCCUAUUUGUUAAUUAUGAAUAUGUUAAUUAUUUUAUGAGUAUAUGCAUUUAGUAUGCACAAUUAAGAUGAAAAACUGUAGAAGAGUCUAAAAUGUUUCCUUUUUGCAAAUUCAUAUGCUAAGAGUUUAAUUCUGUACUCUGUUUUAAGUACUGUUAUAACUAGAGUAGAUGUGAAUGAAGACUACCCUAAAAACUGUGAAGAAUAAAAUAAUGAACUUUGAAAUUAAUUAGCUUUUUAUGGCACCUCUUUACUAUGAAGAUUUCUAAAGGUUUCUGUUUUCGUUUUUGUUUUUCAAUUACCUCUACAGAAUUUUUUUUUUUAACCACAGUACUGGGAAGUUGGCCAGCAGAAGGAGUACAAAUUAAUAAACCCUCGUGUUUGGACUAAGGUGUUCCCUAUUGAUACAUAUUCAUUCCCAAAGCAACCCCAAAACAAAAUGUGAAGCAUUUGGGUUCCAAUUGCUAAGAACACUAAACACC